UCCGGGUUGGCCAGGCCUGAGUGGGCCCGAGGCGGACGAGAGCAGGAUCGGACCAAGAUGGCGGUGCAGGUGGUGCAGGCGGUGCAGGCGGUUCAUCUGGAGUCGGAUGCUUUCCUGGUUUGUCUCAACCACGCUCUGAGCACAGAAAAGGAGGAGGUGAUGGGGCUGUGUAUAGGGGAGUUGAAUGAUGACACAAGGAGUGACUCCAAAUUUACAUAUACGGGAACUGAAAUGCGCACAGUUGCUGAAAAGGUUGACACCGUCAGAAUUGUUCACAUUCAUUCUGUCAUCAUCUUGCGGCGUUCUGAUAAGAGGAAGGAUCGAGUGGAAAUUUCUCCAGAGCAGCUGUCUGCGGCCUCAACAGAGGCGGAGAGGUUGGCUGAACUCACAGGUCGCCCUAUGAGAGUUGUGGGCUGGUAUCAUUCCCACCCUCAUAUAACUGUUUGGCCUUCACAUGUUGAUGUUCGCACACAAGCCAUGUACCAGAUGAUGGAUCAAGGCUUUGUAGGACUUAUUUUUUCCUGUUUCAUAGAAGAUAAAAACACAAAGACUGGCCGCGUACUCUACACUUGCUUUCAAUCCAUUCAGGCCCAAAAGAGCUCUGAGUACGAGAGAAUUGAAAUCCCAAUCCACAUCGUACCUCAUGUAACCAUUGGAAAAGUGUGCCUUGAAUCAGCAGUCGAGCUGCCCAAGAUCCUGUGCCAAGAGGAGCAGGAUGCAUAUCGGAGGAUCCACAGCCUUACACAUCUGGACUCAGUAACCAAGAUCCAUAAUGGCUCAGUGUUUACCAAGAAUCUGUGCAGUCAGAUGUCAGCAGUCAGCGGGCCUCUCCUACAGUGGUUGGAGGACAGACUGGAGCAAAACCAGCAGCAUUUGCAGGAAUUGCAACAAGAAAAGGAAGAGCUUAUGCAAGAACUUUCUUCUCUAGAAUAAAGUGGGAGACAAAAUGGGGAAGGAUGAAAAUAUCCAGGUGUAAAAUUAAUUAAGCUAAAUCAAUUUUGAAGAAAAAGUUGGAGGAUUCACAUUACCUGACUUCAAGACUUACUAUAAAGCUAGAGUAAUCAAAAUGGUAUGGUAUAUACCCAACUGAUUUUGACGAAGGUACAGAAGCAGCUCAAUGGAGGAAGGAUAGUGUUUUCAACACAUGAUGCUGGAGUAAUUGGACACCCAUAGGACAAAAAAAAAAAGAGAAAGAAAGAACAUUGACCGAAACUGCAUACCUUAUACAAAAAUUAACUCAAAAUGUAUCAUGGACUUAGAUGUAAGAUAUAAAACUAUAAUGAUUUUAGAAAUAAAAUCAUGGAAAAAUCUUCAGUACCUUGGGCUAGGCAACAAGUUUUUGGCCUUCACCCCAAAAGCACAAUCCUAAAAGGAAAAAGAUGAUAUAUUGAACUUCAUCAAAAUGAAAAACUUUUGCUCUACAAAAAAAUUAACAGGAGGAAGAGAAUUAUUUUCAAACCAUAUAUAUGAUCAAUUUAGAAUAUAUAACAGUAAAAAACAAACAAUAUAAUUAGAAAAUGAGCAAAAGACAUAAGGACAUUUCACUAAAGGAUAUAUGGAUGACAAAUAAGCACAUGAAAAGAUGUUGAACUUCAUUAGUCAUCAGGGAAUGGAAAUUAAAACCACAAUGAUUUACGUCUACUUAUCAGAAUGGCUAAAACAAAAAUUUGAAAAUACUGGAUGCUGGUGAGCAUACAAACUGGAUCUUUCAUGCAUGGCUGAUAGGAAUGUAAAAUGAUGCAGCCACUCAGGAAAAGAGUUCGGAAAUGUUAACAAACUUAAACAUACACAUACCACAUGACUCAGCAGUUGAACUCCUGGACAUUUAUCACAGAGAAAUGAAAACCUAUGUGGUAUGAAAACUUAUACACAGAUGUCCUUAGCAUUUUUAUUUGUAAUAGCCCUAAACAGGAAGCAAUCCAGAUAUCCCGCAAUUGAGUGAGUGGCUAAACCACCCAUCCAUACCAUGGGAUACUACUCUUCAAUGAAAAGGAACAGACUAUUGAUACAACUUGGAUGGACCUCAAGGAUAAUAUGAUGAAUGAAAAAAGCCAGUCUCAAAAGGUCACAUUCUAUAUGAUUGGAUUUAUAUAACAUUCUUGAAAUGACACAAUUAUAGAAAUGAAGAACAGAGUAAUGGUUGCCAGGGAUAGGGACUGGAGGGGGUAUGGGAUAUGUGUGACUAUCAAUGGAUAACACAAGGAAUUCCUUUGUGCUUGAUGGAACACUUCUGUAUCUUGAUUAUGGUAUUGAUUAAAUGAAUUUAUAUCUGCCAAAAUGACAUAGACUUACACCCACAAAUGAAGGCAUGUAACAUCGGGUGAAUCUGAAUAGGUCUGCAGCCUAGUAAGGAGUAUUGUACCAUUUUCAGUAUGUUGGUUUUGAAGUUGUACUAUACUUAUGUAAGCUCUCAUUACUGGGGGAAACUGGGCGAAGGGUACAUGGGACCCCUGUACUAUUUUUGCAACUUCCUGUAAGUCUAUAAUUAUUGCAAAAUAAUAAAUUGUAAGCACUAAAUAAGGUACUAGCAGUUAUGGUACUUAUUUUAUGAAAUCAGAAAAGAGUGAUAAAGAAAAAAAUCUGUGGGGAGUAAAAUGAUUUGAAUAUUUUUACAGGCCAACCUUGAACACACACCCCUUUCCCUUUCUGGGCCCAUUUUCUUGGUUUAGGAGUUUAGAGUAGAUGAUCACCAAGGUUCCUUUUAGCUCAGUGUUCAGUCUUUAAAAGUGUUAAGCAUCACAAGGAACAGUGAUGUCAACAAGAUGUGGCAUUACUUUCCCACCUGCACCUAUCUGGCUUACGUUUACACAAUCUACUGCAUCUGCAUACAACCCUGUAUCCCCUUUUGGUCAGCAGAGUCUCUGUUUUCAAUCACAACCCACCGAUUCUCUGAUGGGAACAAUUUACACUUGCUUUCUGUUUUCUCGUCUCCUAUUCGAUCAACUCAUUGUAUUCUGACCUCCGCCCACAUCACUCCAUUCAAACCACUCCUGCCAAAGUCGUCAAUGACCUCCACAAUAGUGAAAGUCAAUAGAUGCUUUUCCUGUCCUUCACGAAUCUCUCAGUAUUGACACAAUUGGCCAGUGUUGUUUGAAACCUAUCUCUUUUGGCUUAUGCAAUUCUACUCUUUUCUGAUUUUUCUCUUUGGCUGUUUCUUCUCAAAUUCAUUCAUAGGCUUCUCUAUCUUUGCUUGCCUAUAAGCAGCUGACAGAUAAAUCUGUGUCUCCUUCCAGACCUGAAUCUGAACUCCAGACCUACAUUUCUACCUGUCAGCUACAUGUUUCCACUUGGCUGUCUCAAUGGCACAUCAGCCAGCAAUCGGUUACAUUAAACACAUAAAUAAAUUGAGCAAAUAAGUAAAUAUAUUGAGGAAAGGGGGAGCUAGGUUCCUCAGUGUCAGAGAAAUGAUUUACAAACAUGAAAGGGGGGAGGGUACAAAGAACCUCAUAGUGUUGACGGAAGUAUUAAUACGAACUUUUUCAAAGGAAACAAAAUUAUAUAUGCACAGAUAGAGAUAUGCACAUACAUACAUACAUACCUUUUCUUGCUCUGUCCACUAAAAGAUACUAGAAGAAGUGAUACUUUGGUAGCCAUGAGCACAUGCAACACCCAAAUAUUGGUUCUCAAAUACUGUUCUUCACGAAAGGUAACCAGCUGCACUCCUUCCCCCCCCAACACACACCACCACCACGUGAGAAAUGUCUGGUUCCAAGGCUGGGGCAGAUAGUAUGAGAUAAGCUGAGCCCAUCUUUUUGAGACAUACAGUAAGGAAAUGGGUCCAACCUGAAAAGGGUUCCCAUUGGCCAAAUCUGGGACAAUUUGUGUAUCAAAAUAAUGAGAGUAAAGGAUUAUAACCCUUUGAAUAACAUAAGAAUCUGAAUCCGCACUGAUAAAAAGAAAUGUGUAGAUCAGGAGGAAAGAAAGUUCUUAAGUAGAAACCAAGUAGUAAAUGUAGAAGGAAUGAUGAAAUUAGGAAUCCGCCUUUGGGUAAUCAUAAUAGUGGCUGAUUCAGGUGGGAGUUAUCAGUGGAUGCUAAGGCAGAUUGAUGGGUGUGUUGCCAUGCUGA